AUGCUCAACCAAGAUCGAGUCAAGCUACCAUGCGCUCAAAAAACUCCGGAACAAGAAACACGGGUUCCCGGUCAAAGCGUCGGACCAAGACUGGCGGUCAACGAGGUCGCGCGCGACGCCGCGAAAACCGGUCGCAGGCGCCGGUACGCCCCCCGCGCGGGCGGGGAAUCGUACUACAAUCGAGCGCCCAGUCGCGCCGCGCCAUCUAGCGCGAACAACAACUGGGUGCGCAACGCCACGGCGUCGUCGGUGGAGGGCCGAGAGGGUGCGGGCGAGGCCGAGGCGCCGCCCGCGCCCGACGCGGAGGCGCCCGCGCGUCGCCGCCGCCACCGCCCGCUCUACCGCCGGCUCUUCCACUAUGUCCGCACCGCGUGGACCGGUGUCAAGUUCGCACUAGACUCAGAACUCGAGGAGUUGGGUGAACAGCUGCCCCGGUACCGGCCGGACUCGAUCGCGGCGCUGCGGCGACUGACUCGCUUCACGGAGCCCGAGCUCAAACGGCUGUACCGGGGGUUCAAGGCGGAGUGCCCCACCGGCGUGGUCCGGGAGGAGACCUUCAAGCUUAUCUACUCACAGUUCUUCCCACAGGGUGCCAACACGGCGCAAUACGCACACUACGUGUUCAACACAUUGGACCAAGAUCGGAGCGGGCUGCUAAGUUUUGAGGAGUUUGUUACGGGUCUUUCAAUAUUAUCAAGAGGUACUUUAGAGGAGAAGUUGCGGUGGACAUUCUCGUUGUAUGACAUUAACGGCGACGGAUACAUAACAAAGGAAGAAAUGACGGAAAUUGUGACUGCAAUCUAUGACCUAAUGGGCAAAAUCGUAGAGCCGAUGGUUGAUGAUGAAGUAGUCCGAGACAAGGUGGAAAGGCUAUUCCAGAAAAUGGAUUUGAACCGCGACGGGGUACUAACGCUGGACGAAUUUCUCGACUGCUGUUUGCAAGACGAAGGCAUUUCCCGAUCCAUGGGCGUCUUCGACAGCAAUUUCUGACGCCCUGCAAACGCGCGCGCCUUUCGUCGCCGUGCUGUAUAAGUUACCCACCACCACAAUUUGUAAUACCACCGCCACCCUCGCAAUUUUUAAUCAAAGUCCAUAAACAAUCAUAUUUUCAAUCUGCGUCUUGACAAAACACUGUGUCUUGUAAAUACUUGGACGUAAGUUGUAAUUUCUGUACGUACGUAGCCACCGCGCGGUUAGUUGGUGGUGUGACCUUCGCUUUAGAUCGUUGAAGCGAAAGAUGAUAAGAAUAGCUUUAUUCGCGAUCGUGUAUUCAGAAAAAGAUGGCAAUAAUGCAAUAAGAAAGAUGUAAAAAAUGUUAAAAAAAAUAUUUCUUUCUACCAUAACUAAAAAAUAAACGUUAAACUACAAUGAAGGUAUUUGAAAAAUAAUAAGUGCAUAAAUAGAUUUUUAGGCAUCUUAAAAGACUAGAUGUUUGUGUGCAUACCUAUAGUCUAAGAUCCGAAUUAGAAACUCAUCCCACCCAUCUGUUAACUUGAUAAAAAGUUUUUAAAUUUAAAACAUUUAUUACGAGUAAGUUGCCAAAAAAUUCCUGAUGAUUUGUAGCUGCGCGCGACCGUUGAUAAUAAAGGUUUGACCAGGAUUGAUUUAGCAACUUACUACAUAACUGACUUACUCGAAAAUAUCUUUUAAAUCUAAGUACCUACCUACUCAAUUUUCUAUUUUAAUUAUUUUUCAUUCAUUAAACAGAUAGGUGAAGGUCGUUUCUAAGUUUCAACAUCUGGAUUAAAAAGGUCUCAAGAGGAAAUAUUUGUGUACAAACUACGAAUGUAGAAAUAAAUUAAUGCAUAUAAAAAGUGCAUUGUCCAAUGUUGUGGCAUAUAGCAGUGUCCUAUAAUAUCCAAAUUGUGACUUAAAAUUAAUUUCGUAUAAUAAUAGGUAGGUAUUUAAUAAUAAUAUGAAUAUGAAGCUGUGCCGUAAUAAAUUAAAUAUUUCUAAAAUAGAUAAACAUGAAAAAAACAAUUAGAUUAGAAAAUGGAAUUCCUCUGUCAAAAUAAUUCGAUUUCAGUUACAUUCUAAAAUGUUCUAAGAAUUAAUUGUCGUCAAACUAAACAUAAACAUAGGAUAGAAAAUUUUAAAAGUCUUUACAUAGAAAAUCACAGAACUUUGAUGACCUUGACCUUGAAACUUUUAACCUAAUUGAAAUCGUAGUUCUUCGUAAACAAUUCGUAAUAACUAUAUUCAAAAAUUUUAACUUUAACGGCAUGUGAUCGAUAUUUCAGAUGUCUUUUACUGGUUUCAUGGCUCUGGAAUGAUGGAAUCUAUGUUGUUUCAUUUACUUUCUUACUAUAUUAAAGAGUGUUAUGAGUCAUUUGCGGCGUUAAUAUUGAAAAACGAAGAAAACAAGCAACGAAAUACAAAAGUUUCGAACGACCAUUGCUUGUCCUAAUCUGCACUAAUUUUAUUAAACAACGUUUGUUAAAGCUACUCGUAACUGUACAAACGGACUGUGCGUAUUCUGUUUGUGCAGUUUUAUCGUUGCCGUGUGGACUGUUCAUUAAUGAAAGUUAAUAAAUUAAAGGUUUCCCGACCAAUAUAAUAAAAAAAGUAAAAAUGAUGUUCUAUCUAUAGCUGGAUUAUUUUUGGGUUUAGAUAUAUAGACCUUAAACCUAAAUAUAGGUUGAUUGAUGAAUCAAAUAAUAAAAAUGUCGUUACUGUCAUUCAUAAAAAUGUUGCCAAGUGCAAACACAGCCUAAAACUAUUAGAUACAUGUUGGUAUAAAUGGGUCGUAAAAAAGUUUCAUAAUUUUCUUAAAAAGGACAUAGGUAAUUCAUAGAAGAUUAACUUGUAUCCAUAUUUAGCCUUUACGAAAGUUAUAGGUACCUUAGUUAAAAACAAAAAACGAGACAUAGUUCAAAUAACAGAAGGACCCUAAAAAGAGUUUAUAUAAUAUAAUUCUUGAAACCUGUCAAAAAAGAUAUUUCUUAUAAUUUAUAUAUAGAUAUUAUCAUGAUUGUGGAGACGUAGUAAUAAAAAUGGGAAAUAGGUAGGUACCUACUGUUAAUAGUUUCAGAUACAUAUUUCGCUCGCGGCAAGAUCAUAAAAUAUUAUUAAAAGCUUACAAUAUAUUUUGCCCAGAUUGUCAAACUUUUAUUAAAAUACUAUAAAUUACGGUAUGGCUUUAGCCCAGUAUAGCCUAACCAGAAAAUAAACCUAGAUUAAAGGCGCCACGAGUACUUUUUACCAGUUUGUACUUAAUUCUAGUAGAUUAUAUAAGUUUUGUUAUUUGCCUGCAACAAAAUACUAGGUACGAGGUAUUUUGUUUUUAUUUUCUGGCUAUAAUAAGUAGUGAAGAGAAAGAUUUGAUAUUAUAUUUCUUUCCUCCUUUAAACCAGAAAAAAUAAAAAUCCUUGCCAUAAUGCCGAAAUAUGAACUAAUUUUUGUUUCUUUUCUUUUUCUUAAACUGGCUAUAUAGCUAUUAAGUUCUAGCUCUUUUGAGCCUUAACUAAUUAUUUCUCCUAGCAAACGAAGCAGACACUAAAAAGUAUUUAUGGAGUCCGAAAUAUCGGUAUUUUAUAUUUCUGAUUGGGCUAUACAUAAGUUUGACCCUAACUCUGUAAGUCUAAUUUGACUUGGUAUCGGGUAGUGAUUGUAAAUCCUAUAAUAAUAAUUCUAUAAUAAUAUAAAUGCAUCCUAGUGCCCAUAAUGAAUAUGUAGAAAAGCCAUCAAACAACUUAUUGGCUGUGUGUACAUCUUAGAUAUUUAUGUAUUACAAUGUGUAGAUAUAAAAGUGUAUGUCUGUCUUCUUCGUAAAAUGGUAUAAGAUGUAUUUCCUACGUACUACCUAGUCCGUGCAAUUUUCGCUUAAAUUUUAUUUUGACACUUGCCUGGUUUUUAUAUUUCGAUAACACCUUCCAAAUAUAUCUGAACUGUUAAUGGAAGGAUAACGAUAUAUUAUUAAAAUUACAUUUAAUUCUAUCCCACCUAGGCUUUUACCCUUGUUUUAAAUUAUUCCGGCCAUUUUUAAAUAGAAUUCUUAGAAUUAAUAAUUUAUUUUAGAGAUAAUAACGUAAUAACUCAGUUAUUGCUGCAAUAAUUUAAAAUCACUAGAUUAGUCAUUAUGUCUUCUAUAUACAUAUGAUAAACGUCACAUGCAACGCUUAUAGUCUACCUUCCUUUCUUUCUAUUGGUCUAACCACUACUUAUUACCGAUUUCCGUAUUCUCCAUUAAUUAUAAUAACAUAACAUGUGUUCAUGUUAGAUCAUAAAUUAGAAAUAAUUCAGAAAAAAAGAUUUUAUUGUCAUUUCGUCGAUGUUAUCGUUAAAAGUAUUAUGUACUUUAGCAACUUUUUUUUAAAAUAGGUAUGUAUGUUUAAUUUAUGAAUUACCAACAGAUAAUUAACAAAAAUAAUAAAUAAACUACAUAAUUAUGUAUAUUAAAAAGCAAGAAAUAAUAUGUUUGUUAAAAAUAAAAUAGUUAAAAAGUAGACCGACCAUUUUUCAUACAUUGCGGGGAAUUUGAUGAAUGAACUGUUUCAAAGUCCAAAUAAGUGUUAUUUAAUUUAAUAGUAAUUUCAGUUAUAGUCUGGCUUAAUUUCAUUUUGAUUGACAAUUGAAUAUUCAAAUUAAAGGCAAAUUAAAAAUAUAAAAAAUUCUUUCACUGUUGGGAAGCUACAAUAUCUCUGAUUGCUAUAGGCUAUUAUAUUUUAAAAAAUAGGGAUCCUUCCUAAAACUCCAAUAACUCAAGGUGUAAAAAUUACCUUAAAUAUUGUUUACAUCGCGUGCGCUGCAAAAACUAUUGACGUUAGAAUAAAAUAAUGUAGUACGAAUUUGCAGAACACGACAUUUUUUACAAAAAGUGUCGCGACAGCAUGUGCCUAACCAUUAUAGUCAAUUAUUUUAUUUAAAAAAAAGUAAUGAAAAUACCGACGUUAGAAAAGGCUCUUUAUUUGUAUCUUGGUAUUAUUUGUAAUCAAAAUAAAUUGCUUUUUAAUUUCAUUCAAGACUGCUUCAAUACCUUUAUUUAACUUUUGAAUUAUUCAGUUCGGACAUUCCAUUCAAAAAAGUUUAAAAAUGUAAACAUUGGAAAAAAAUUGCGUAGUCACCGUUCAACUCAAGAAAGGUUGAACCGAUUUGGAUGAAAAUUAAUGGAGAGAUAGCUUAGAACCAGGAGAAAGACAUAGAGGUAGGGUUGGGUAGGGUAGGGGUAUAGUAGGGGAUGGGGGUAAAAUAUGAUAGUGGUAGGGAAUGAGUCAAAGCGAAUUUGACCGGGUACGCUAGUUAUGAAAUAGAUAAUUUGUCGUUAUUGAUUUUUUUCUGUAACAUGCUUGGCCCAAAAUGGUCGGUCUCCUUUCGAUAUCUCUAAUGCCUAUUUACAAUCUGAUCACAUAAGGGAAUUGGCUUUAUUUCUGCGAAAUACGUAUGUGCAAAUAUUAUAUCAUGCACAUAAAGAUUUUAAUUAAAAUUUAUUAUAAGAAUAUUUGACUUAGUUAUGUUUUUUUAUCUGGAAGGAACAUCACGAUCAUAAUACAGCUUUCUUAUUACUUAAUGACUUUUAAAGUCUUUAGGUAAUUACAUAAUUAUUUUUAAUAACCAAUAUUUAUUUUAAUUCCGUUUCGCCCUGUCAUAGUUUUUUAGUUUUUAUUAUAUGUUUUUUUGUAAAUUGGAGAAGAAUCUACGGGUAGGUACAGGAGUUACUCGCUUAGAUGCGAGUUUACUUUAUUUCAUCUCUAAUAGCUCUUAUUCUGAUAGGAAAUAGUUGCUAAAAGUAUAAUUUCACAUUAUUUAAUCGUUUUCAAUAAGCCUAUUGGUUGCACUAGUAUCUAUAUUUGCAAAAGCAGUAGCUCUACGAUUCCACCAUGUAAACACGAAUAGGGAUGAUGACAGUUUUUUAAAUAGUAUAUAAAUUAAGAGUAUACUAAUAGCAAAGCAAUUUUGUAAAAGCAAUAGGGUAUCUGCGAUCAUUACUUUCGGAGCUACAGGGAUUUAAAGGGUCAGACUUGCGGCGUUGCCGCGGUUCCCUGAAAAACGCUCCAUACAAAAUGGCACGAUUUAGUGACGUCGUUGGCUCGCUGAUCGUUAGGUUUGUAUGGGCGUUCAAACAAAAUUACUAAUAUCUUUGUUAUUUGUGCGUUUAUGUUUAUAGUUCAUUUAUUGAAAGAUGUCACAUUUAAUGUAAGGAAGCUAAAACUGUAUGAAUUUUCAUCUAAUUACGAUAAAAAAAAUUUAAUAGAUUUUGAAAUUUUAUAAUCUUAUUUAUUUUGCAAAUAUCCAGACAAUCUUUGCUUUUUAUGUAUAAAUUAGUUAACAUUGACUUUAUUUACCCGAAUGUAUCAUAAAAAUCAAUAUAUUCAAACCUAGUCAUCAUCCCCAUUAAAAGAUACAAUCAUACCUAAAUGAAUAAAAACGUCCUAAGAUUUAUAAGCACAUGAAAAAAAAUAUAACACUGCCAAUACGUUAAAAAAGUUAAGUAGGUAUUUGAUAUCUAAGUACCUACUCUUAUUGUCUUAGACAACGCAAUAUUUUCGUUUUAAAUGGUUAGGUUGAAAUUCGUGCUGUCGAAUAGUUAUGGUAAAAAUCAUUAAACCUAUGAUGAAGAGGUAAGAGUGGUAGUAAAUAGGUAUGUACAUUACGGGUAGGUAAGUUAUACCUUAAACAAUCAUAUACCUAUGUUCAUGCAUGCGUAUAACAAAAUCCCUAAAAGGUAUAUAAAAUCGGCUGAUUUCGAAAUAUCAAUCAAUUUUAUCUUACCUACUCCUAUACCUACAUUAAAACAUGAAAAUGUAUGUAUUUACUACCCACUCUUUACUCUUUGGGAGCAUAUCUUAUUUAAAAAUAAAUUAAAAAGUAGGUGCCUAUCAUAAUAACUACUUGUAUCUUAUGAGUAAACCCACCCCUAAGAAUAUACAAAGAUUUAUUUUAAUAUUGAAUUAAUAUUUCACAAAUAUGAUACUCCAGCUUCUUAUUUAAAUAUCCGUCAAAAUAUUUUUGCGCCUGCAAAUCAUCAAACGAGUAUUUUCUAAGAUGAGAAUAUUUCAUUACAAAUGUAAAUAAUAAAUAUUUAAAUGUAAAUAUAAAUUUGACAUAAUUAAAUGUAUAUUUUCAUAGUGGAUGUUAAAUGGAACCAAAUAAUUAGACGGCUUAAUAAAUAUCGUUUAAAUAAUUACCUAAUCAUGAUAAUAAAUGUUAAAAUGUCUACUGUUUGUGCUAAAAUAAAAAGUACCUACAUAGUGUAAAUUUUGGUCCAUUUCCAAUUUUCUAUUAGUUUGUUUUUAUUUUUUAAUGCUAUUUCAACUGUAAAAUUUUAUUUCAACCAUAAUAUUCUAUCCUCCGAAAAUAUAAAAAUAUUGGUCGAGCUUACCUACAUAGAUAAGAAAUUUAUGUGUCUUCCUAAACUGUUCCCUUUAUGAGAUCUAAUAUUCUGAAGACCUUGUUCGUUUUUAUUUUAUUGGUAAAAUACACGAAAAUCUUAUAAAAUAACUGAAAAUCUGGUAAAAUAACUUGUACAGCUAAAAAACGUGUUUUGUGUUCUUUAAACCCAAUACAAACAUAAGUACCUAUCUUAAGCGUAAAAUUGUGCAAAACUUCGAAACAACUACCUAUUGUAAAUUAUAAAUAAAAAUAAGAAUAUGAAGUAUCUACUUAUCUCUCCUUAUUCUAAUAGAGAAUUUAAAUCAAUACUUAUUUUAAUAAAAUCAUACAGAUUCAAGACAUCUACCUACUAAGAAAAAUAGUCGUACUUUCCUAUAAAGUCUUAACAUUUUAAGUACGAGUAAAUGGUAUACCUACUUAGAGCCUACCCAGCGAAAUAAAAACCUUUAUCCAUAUCUACUAAGCACAGAAAAUGCCUAAAAAAUACUUAUUUGUGGCACUCCGUAUCCAGGUUUUUAUAUUUCUGGUUAGGUUAUUACCUAGAUAUUAUAUGUAGAAACAAAAAAACUGAAGGAAUUAUACAUUAUUAUUAUUAUUUGUCUUGCAACACCUUACAUUUUCAUCUAUAACUUCCAUAAGUACUUUCUUAUGUACCUAUCAAGUAUUUGUACAGUUAAGCGCUUUUACCCACUUAACUGUACAAAUUCAGCACAAAUUAUAUUUUACAUACCUACCUAGCUACCUGUACCUUGUAGGUACCUACUGAUAAAAAUGUUGCGCUAAAUAAGUAUCUAUUUAGUUUUUUGCAAUUCAUAGCCAUAUUAUCUACCUAAGUACCUACUUUUUCAUAUUAUGUCGUGCCAAAAUGUAAAAAAAAAUUAUAGUACGUACGUUUUGCAACAAUUUGUUUUUAUUCCGUAAAAAUCUAUUUAAUUUUCCAUAUGUAGAUAGGUACCUAUUUACCUAUGCUAUUGAUUUAUAGUACCUAAGGAUCUCAUUUUCAUUAUUAUUUAUUUGUGUGAAAACGUGAAAGAUACAUUAUAGUACCUAUCUACCUAUGUUUGUUUUCAUAUUAUAUUUGGUACUAGUAACUUUGAUCGAACACGAAUUCAUAAAGGAAUUUAAUUACUAAAUUCCCUACUAAGCUUCACUAAUUAUUAUUCACUAAGCUUCGUCUAAUUAUUUUAAUGAAUGAAAUGGAUUCCAGUGUUCCACUUUUUCAGUUCCAGCCCGUCCAGAAAAAUAAAAACGCUAUAUUUCCGCAACUAUAAUCAACUUGUGAUGAUAUUUUGAUACGCUUGUCAUUUUUGCAGUUAUCGAAGUGCACACACCACCGUUUGUUUUUUUGUUUAGACAAAUGCACCAAAAACAGCCAGUAUUACUUAAAGUAAAUUAAUAUUUUUGUGUUUCUGAUACAGAUAAUGGUUGAUUCAUUGUCAAAAUUAUUAAAAUUAAAGAAUUAAAUGAUUUUUUUAUUAUAUUUUAUCUCACUAAGUUAAUUUUAUUCAUAAAAUGUUGAGCACUUUUCUGACAUAAAAACUGCCAAGAUUUAAAAAAGUACCGUUGGUUUUUAGACGGAGGUUUUGUAUUACAAUAAGGCACAUGUGCGUAAUAGUAAAGCGAUACUUUAGUAGCAAAUAUGCUAUAAAGUAUAUUAUAAAUAUUUUGAAACUAAUUUCUUUGAAAACAGACUGGUAAAAAUACUAGUGGCGCCACAAUAGAAAUUUUUUUCAUUAUUUAAGGUCGGGCUAUACUUAUACACUUAUUUAUCUAGCUAGACGUAUUUAUGCAUUAUUAAAUGAUAGGUAGGUACGUAAAAUAUUUCAGUUAAUAAAUUAAUUUAUGACUUUCACGAAAUAGUCCUUAUUUUAAAUAACGCCGUUUUUUGACCAAAGCUAAUUACACUGAUUUGACCGUACACUAAUUAUACUGAUUGAUAACAACAUAUCAAUUUACUUUUCAUUCUUUUUGAGAUUCAUUUUUAAUUAGGUAGGCUCUCGUUCUAUAUUUGAUUUUUUCCUCGCCGGGCCAAAAAGUUUACUUGGUACUCCACGGUGGUUUAUUCCACCACCUUUUUGUACUUCAAUACUAAACUUCAAGAAAUAUCUAUAAUAAGGUUUUCGAAUCGUUAAAGCUUUGCGCACAUAAAUCCUUGUUGCAUAGAUCAGCUUGACCUACGAGUACGCAAACCGCUGUUGAUUUGUCGUUGUUAAAAUAUUAUGUAUGUAAUAUAAAGUAAUUUGUACUUACCUAAGAACCCACAAGUUCCAUUGUAUGGUCGGAGACACUAGCAACGUUAAAUAUACCAAUCCAAACGAAGCCACGCGUUUUGAAAAAUAAUCAAAUUUUGGUAUAGUAGAUGUUUUUGAGCAAAAAAAAUGCUAAUUCAUACCAAAACGAGUGACUCGUGACGUUGCGUGAAGUGUCGUAUUGUCGAUAUGAAUGAUUGUGUUAAAAGAAUUCUGUAAAACAAGAUGUGUAUUUAAAUAUUGAAUUGUUUAUUUACAAAUUGUAUGUGUAUUUUCUAGAAAAUAAAUAAAAUAAAGAAAA